UUCGUAAUGAGAUGAUGUCGUAAUACCGAAAAGAUUUGGGGUGAUCUCGUAACAACGUCUGUUCGGGGGAUAUAGUUUCCCUCCAGUUACAGUAGUCUUUCUUUCCACUAUGGCCAAUUCGCCAUGAUCGUUGCUGCUCAGACGUGAAUCGAAGAAUAGUGAUCUGAUCGAUGAUUUAAAAAAUCGAGCUUUCAUCACUAACCGGGGCAAUGGUUAGCAGCAGCAACUUCAUUUGUCCUCCUUGCGAGAUCUGCGAUUGUCCUCCUCCUUUGUCUCUCCUCCAGAUUGCUCCCGGUUGUGGAAGCAAUGAUCCAGAGCUCAAAGAGGAGAUGGAGAAGCAGUUUGUUGAUCUUCUCACAGAAGAGCUGAAGCUGCAAGAAGCAGUUGCAGACGAGCAUAGUCGUCACAUGAAUGUUACACUUGCCGUAGCUAAAAGGGUUGCUUCACAGUACCAAAAGGAGGCUGAGAAGUGUAACGCUGCCACGGAAAUUUGUGAAUCAGCUAGAGAGAGAGCUCAAGCAUUGUUGCUCAAAGAGCGGAAGAUCACUUUUUUGUGGGAACGCAUAGCUCGGCAAUUAGGUUGGGAAGGUGAGUAAGGAAUUCACUGUUUAGUGACUUCUUCUCAGUCUACUCUGAAGAGUUUCUCGAUGGAAGAAAAAUAGAUUUUUUCUUCCGCAUAGAGCUCAUGAGAACAUGGGAUUCGCUUAAUUCUCAAGGCAAUGUUUUUGUCUCCCAUGUUCUCUAUAUAUGUAGCUCUUUUUUGUUCUGCACUUGGAUCUAAAUGUACCUAAAGAAAGGGUUGGCCUUGUAUUGACUUUUUUCUUCAGAUAUAUUUUUGUCCAGUCACAUUGGACGAGAAGUCACCGACUUCCGUAUUUUAUUGGCAAAUGCAACCAUCAUUUUCUCA